AUGCUCACCCAGAGGGAAAAGACGACGACAGUGACGAUGCCGCUACCUUCUCCACCUCGCUUUCAAACCUUUGCCUAUCAGUUUCUUCUUCUCUCGCGCUUAACUUUUUCCCCCUCUCUAUUUAUCCUCUUCUUCUCCCCUUCCCGCUUUCUUAGAAAUACAAGAGCCGCUGUACACUGGCUUUUUUUUCUCUUCUGUCUUUCUCGCAGCUCCCCCGGGGGUUGGGCAACCAUGGCCUCCACACGGGCAACGGCGGUUGACGGAGACCAAAUAAAGAAGCCACAGCAUAAAAACGGCAAGACCAAUGGCUUCAAUAUUGCAAAGAAUGGACAUUCAACUACCUCUAAUGGACUUGCUGAAACAUACAAAAAAGAUUUUUAUGAAUCUUUUGAAGCUACUCCCCUCAUUGCAGCCAUUUUGACCUACAUGAGUUACAUUCUUCUUACUCUUGUUGGUCAUUUCCGGGAAUGUAUGCGUUAUUAUGGCUUAGAGAAAUUCCAUGUUCAGGAUGAACCUAAAAAAGAGGGAUUUGUACCACUUUACCAGAGUUGGGAAAGUUUCUAUACGAGAAACUUGUACCGCAGAAUCAGUGACUGUUGGAACCGCCCUGUGGCCACCGUCCCAGGUGCUGAGAUUGACAUUUUAGAAAGAGUAUCUCCAGACCAUGGUUGGAAUUACAAGCUGACAGGUAACAAAAUUAGGGUGAUGAACUUUGGUUCGUACAAUUACCUUGGCUUUGGAGAAAACACUGGUAAAUGUACAGAUGAAGUUGAAGUUGUAAUAGGAACUCAUGGUAUUGGUUCUUGUGCCAGUCGUCAUGGCUUGGGGUAUCUUGACAUUCACAGAGAACUAGAUCUGCUUGUUGCAGAUUUUCUAGGCACUGAAGCAGCUGUCACAUUCCCAAUGGGAUUUGCUACAAACUCUAUGAACAUUCCAUGCCUCGUUGGCAAGGGCUGUUUGAUUAUCAGUGAUGAGCUCAACCAUGCAUCAUUGGUCCUUGGUGCACGUCUUUCGGGUUCCAAUAUAAGAGUCUUCAAACAUAACAACAUGGUAGAUUUGGAAAGAAUUUUGAAGCAGGCUGUAAUAGAAGGCCAGCCCAGAACACAUCGUCCAUGGAAAAAAAUCUUGAUAGUAAUUGAGGGAAUUUACAGUAUGGAAGGUUCUAUUUGCCGUCUUCCAGAAGUCAUUCACUUAAAGAAAAAAUACAAGGCUUACUUGUAUUUGGAUGAAGCUCAUAGUAUCGGUGCCAUUGGAACUCAUGGCCGUGGAGUUUGUGAAUAUUUUGGCAUUAACCCACGAGAUGUUGAUAUUAUGAUGGGCACUUUCACAAAGAGUUUUGCUUCUGCUGGUGGUUAUAUUGGUGGAUCAAAGGAUUUGAUAAAUCACUUGCGAUUAAAUUCUCACAGCACAAUGUAUUCCAGUUGCAUGUCACCACCAGUCGCUCAGCAAAUCAUCAGCACAAUUAAAAUCAUUUCUGGCGCAGAUGGAACUAAAGAGGGCCAGAAACGAAUUGCUCAACUGAAAUGGAAUGUGCGCUAUUUCCGUCGCAGGCUAAAUGAAUUGAAUGUUAUUGUUUAUGGCAACAAAGAUUCUCCUGUCGUUCCAAUUCUUCUCUACAUGCCGUCAAAUAUUGCUGAAUUUGCCCGUAAAACCCUUGAGAAAGGUCUUGGUGUUGUUGUCGUUGGCUUUCCUGCUACACCCAUCAUAGAGUCAAGGGCCAGAUUUUGUCUGUCUGCUUCUCACAAUAAAGAAAUGUUGGAUAGGGCCAUAGAUAUUAUAGAUGAAGUUGCAAAUCAUCUUGGAAUUAAAUAUUCUACCAAAAAAAUGCCAAUUUUCAGUGAAGACGAAGUAGAAUUAAUAAAGUGA